AUGGCACGCACAGUGGACGAAGAGACUCCCUUGUUGCACGAUCAUCAACAAAAGCAUGGCAGGACCCCUUUGCCGUGGCGGCAGUUCACCAUCAUACUUUUCCUACAACUAGCUGAACCUCUCACUUCGCAGCUCAUAUCGCCCUUCGCUCCUCAGCUAAUACGGGAUAUUGGCGUCACGAAUGGAGACGAAACCAAGGUCGGGUUCUACGUCGGACUCUUGCACUCCCUCUUCUUCGCUACGCAGGCUCUCACCGUUCUUCAUUGGAGCCGGGUAUCUGAUCACAUCGGUCGGAAGCCUGUCCUUCUGACAGGCCUUUUUGGCUUAUCACUUUCAAUGUACUGCUUUGGCUUAUCUAAGACCUUUAUUGGCCUAGUGUUAAGCCGUGCUCUCAAUGGUGCUCUAAACGGUAAUAUUGGCGUCCUGAAGAGUAUGAUGGUGGAAAUCACCGAUGAGACAAACCUGGCACAGGCUUAUGCUUACAUGCCUAUUGCUUGGUCGAGCGGUGGCACAUUAGGUCCCUUGAUUGGAGGUUUCCUCUCUCGCCCAGCUGAUCGUUUUCCUAACGUAUUUGGGAAUGUGGAAUUCAUGAGAGAAUACCCUUACUUCCUUGCAUGUGCAAUACCAGCGACUUUCACGGCAAUCGCCUGGAUAGUGGCGUUCUUCUUUCUGAAGGAGACCUUACCAAACAGCGUCCCCUUCAGAGAGCUGAUCGUAUCAAAAUUUCGCCAAUGGAGUAAUAAGAAAAGUUUAAAAUCUCCGGAGCCCUCGAGUGAGACACUCAUCACCAACGAAAAUGACGAGAAUAAGCCAUUGCCUCUUCGUUCUCUUCUAAUUCCUCGGGUACUAAUUGCGGCAGCAAAUUACGCUGCUCUCUCAACUAUCGAGAUUUCAUUUCGCGCCGUGCAACCGUUGUUCUAUGCAACCCCCAUUGAACUCGGCGGUCUUGGUCUUGAUCCACCUCAAAUCGGCAACAUACUUGCAACGUAUGGCAUCUUGAACGGGCUUUUCCAGAUCUUCUGCUUCGCAGACUUGCAUGAUCGAUUUGGUUCCAAAGCCAUCUUUACCUUUGCUGUGUCGUCCGGGAUUCCAUUCGUUCUGAUAUGUCCAUUGAUCAAUGCCCUGGCGAGAGAAUAUGGGUUGAACUGGGCAGUCUGGUGUAUGAUUGGUGUGCAGGUUUUAUGUAGCAUGUCGUUGAACCUUGGUUACUCUUGCAUAUUCAUCUAUAUUGCGGCUGCGUCUCCCAACCGCGGGUCCCUCGGUGCAACUAAUGGAAUUGCCCAGAUGUUGGUCUCGAUCAUGCGAAGCAUAGGACCCGCGUCUGCAGCGUCGAUAUUCUCGCUCUCGAUCAAGACGCCAGGCCAUGCAUGGUUCGUGUAUUACUUCCUCCUCGCUGUCAUCUUCAUCGCCAUUGGAGCAUCACUCCUUUUACCCCGCAAAAUGUGGAAAAAGUAA